AUGGGCAAAAAUAUAGAUACACCAGCAUAUCUAACUUCAGAUGAUGCCAAAUAUACUCUGGGUAUUCAUCGUGGGCCAUUGAUAUCCAAAGGUGAUGAUGAAGGCGCCCAACUUGCACAUGUCGAAUCGGCUGGAGGUCUGUCAUUGGAGACGAGAAAGUUGAAACGCACUGAGAAGUUCCAGCGCCAUUGGAAGCGAUUCUGGUGUCUGCAUCUUUUGGUGACUAUCAUCUUCCUGGCGAUUUUUCUACCUGUCUUCUUCCUGGUUGCCAUUCCAGCCAUCUCACAAAUGGUCGUCAACAAGUCCGACUUAGUAUUAGUCAAUGCCUCGGUCCUAAAUCCGCGACCGGACAAGAUUCAAUUGACCCUGCUGUCGGCAUUGGACCUCAAAAUUGCACUGCCAGUACGCAUCGAGCCGAUCACAUUGGAUCUGUUCGUGCGCGAUGCGGGCGCAGACAAGGCAUGGGGUCAGGCUAAAAUUGACGGCAAAGUCAUCAAGGGUAACACCACCCUAGGUGUGAGCAAGAUCGAGACGCCACUGACCAACCUGGCCACGUGGGACGAGUAUGUGCACAAUGUUGUGUUCGAGAAGGAGACGGCGCUGUCGGUCAGAGGUGUAACCAAUUCAUAUCUGGGUGUGCUCAAGUCCAAGGUCACCAUGGAUAAGGAUAUUAUGUCACCAGUGCUGGACCAAUUCAAGAAAUUCAGCAUCUCCGACAGCGGACUCAUUCCAGCCCGCGAAGACGGCACCAAUCUAAUCGGGAAUGUCUCCCUUCCCAACCCGUCAGUGUUGACUCUUGAUAUUGGCACACUCGUCCUUGACGUGAAGAGCGGCGACCUCGUCAUUGGAAAUGCCACUGUCAAAGACGUCACCCUCAAACCAGGCGACAACGUCUUCCCUCUCACCGGAGUCCUCGAUAUACACACCAUGAUCGAGAAUCUCGGAGACGUGCUGGCGUCACAGGCAAAGGCCAUCAAAACCGGCAACUUGGCCCUGGACACCGUAACCCGAACGGUCACUUGGAACGGCACGUUGGUGCCAUACUACACCAACGUGAUGAAGCAGCUAACGCUGACGGCCAAUGUGCCAAUUGCCGAUCUGAUCAAGAACACUGUUCACAACCUGCUCAGCGGGAAUGAAACCCUCACUGAUAUUCUCAAAUCGGGGGGCGACACCAGCAAGCUGCUAGGCAACCUUUCGAGCGGUGAUGACAGUGACUCCGAUAGUUCGAUACUAUCCGAAACCUCCGAGCUUGCAUCUAAGAUGAAGACGAGCACUGGGGUGCGUGAUAUGUUCCGUGGCGCAAACCCAGUCAAACGGGAAUUAAUCAUCAACUCACUGGCCGGAUUGUAUAAGAAGCUGUGA